AUGCGCCGCUCCUUCUUGGGCGGGAACAACAAAAAGGACGACGACGACGACGACGAGAACAAAACGUACGAUGAUUUGGACUCCGAAAAGUCCUCGCUGCUUGCAUCCAAAACGACGAAAAGAAAGAGAAAGAAUGCUCUAAAAAGCACGUUCCGGUUCCCGAAACUCCUCCUCGUCUUCCUCGCGGGAUGUCUGUUCUUCUCGUCUCUUUCUCUGCACCAACACCAACGGAUGAUGCACGAGGAGGAAAAGGAGAACAACGACGACGAGAACUAUUUGUCUCUGACGGAAAAAGUGAAGUCUGUGCACAGAGAAAUGGCGAGGUACGUCCGCGUGAGAGACGAGAGAACAAAAGUGAUUUGGAGGAGGAAGAGGAGGAGGACAGAGGAGAAAGACGAGAAAGAAGAGUUGGAGGAGGAGGAUUUUAGCAGCGACGGAAUGAUAAAAGCGUUGAAGAAGAACAAUAAUAACGACGACGACGACGAGGACUAUUUGUUGACGCAUCAUCGCGCGUUACUUCCGAGACCGAGAUUUUUGAUCGGCGGCGCGUCGAGACGAGCGAUGGCGGCUUUGAGUUUGAGUUUGAGUAGUAGUAGUAGUAGUAGUAGUGAUAGUAUUAGCGGCGUCGGCGGCACAGAAGACGGAGGAGGAGGAGAUGGAAGAGGAGCGAGGAAGAGUUCGUUGAUGUUUGAAGGUCGCCGGAAAGUGCCGAAGGACUUGCCUCUUGUGCCUGAGAUCCCGGAACGGUUGAAACGAGCGGAUGCGGAGUACGUGACGGAGAGAAGGGUGAUUCCGGUGAAGCCGAGGAUUGCGCCGGAACGGCCGCGGGGAGGGGUGCAGACGAAGAAAAGUAGUGAUAGCGGUGAUGAUGGCGAAGAGGACGAGCGUAAUAGCGCUGAAAAAAAUAAUGAACCUUCUCCCAAAGUAUUUUCGGCGUCGUCGUCGUCGGAAAGCUCGAACGCGCCGACGCUUAAAGCAGAGAGAGAAGAGCCGCACGAACACGACGAGGACGAGCACGAGGAGGAGGCACAAGAGGCAGAGGAUAGUACUAGUAAUAGCAGCCACGAAAACGUAGAAGAACACUCUCCGGAACAGAAACCGACGCCGAUGCAAAAAGCGGUGCUCAAAGCGGCGACGUAUCGUCUCGGAGGCACGAAACUGAAGAAACUCCUGGAUACCGACGUGGACAUCUUCUUGAGUAAAUCGACGCUAAACGAUAUCGACCCGGACGACGAUAAGCGAAACAAAAUAACGUGCGGCGGGAAACCGGUCAUGCAAGUAAAAUCGUACGAUCAAUUGCGCGACGCCGUCCCGGAACUCUCGGAAUAUAUUCCAGACGAGGACGACGUCCACACCCGAGGCGGUGUAAAACCAGACGCGAAAACGCUCGGUCGCCGAUGCGCCGUCGUCGGUAACUCUGGUUCUCUCCUCGACCACACCUACGGAGCGGAAAUCGAUAGCCACGACGCCGUCAUCCGCUUCAACGCGGCGCCGACGAAAGGCUACGAAAAGCACGUCGGCAAGAAAACCACCAUCCGCGUUCAAAACAUCGACAACCUCGGUUUCCGGGAACCGCGAGACGAAAUGCUCGUCUUCACCGCCCGCGACGAGAAAACGUUCCGCCACUUUUCCGAGUACCAAAAGAAACAAUUCUCGAAACACGGUAAAGAAAAGACGCACAUCCAGCGCGUAUUCAACCCUCAGUUUUGGUGUCACGUCUGGGAUUGGGUGGACAGAAGAAAGCUCAAACCGUCCAGCGGUUUCGCCGGCGUCGUCUUGGCGUUACGCGCGUGCUCGUCAAAAGAGAAAGUUUCUUUGUACGGUUUCAGUCACAACGCGACGCAGUUCCAUUAUUUCAACCGUUUAAGUGAGAAAGUCACCGAGAAAGAGGUGUACACGUACCACCCGUUGGCCGAGGAAAGUGAAGCCUACAGGUUUCUUUCCUUUCACAGACGUUUGGUGAAAAAAGACUGA